AUGGAUGCUGACACAUUUGAUGAAUGGUUUGUGUCUGAGGUUUUAACAGCUCUUAAAGUCGAACCAGGAAACAAGGCUAUAAUAGGGGACAAUCUAAGCUCCGACAUUUCAAUUAAAACCUUAGCCCAAUGCGAGGAGAAUGAUAUUAAGUUUAUAUGCUUGAUACCAAACUCCACACAUUUAUUGCAGCCCCUUGACGUUGCCUAUUUCAGUUCUUUAAAAACUAAUUGGCGUUCUGUUUUGAAUAAUUGGAGAAACACUAGACGUGGAAAGAUUGCAACAGCUCUCCCAAAAAAUGUCUUUGCUUCGUUAUUGGCGGGAAAAAACAUAAUUGCAGGAUCUAAAGAAACAGGAUUGUUUCCUUGUGAUGUCAACGUACCUCUAGAAAAACUUCCUGAUUAUGAAAAACCAAUAGAAGAAAUACGAGAAAGAAUCGAAGAAAGUUUCAAGAGAUACAUUGAUGACAUAAGAAACAUUGACUUAGGGAUGAAGCAAAUAAAAAAGUUGCAGAUUUCAGUUGUAGCCGGGAAAAGUGUAUCCGUGGCAGAAAUGCAGAAGUUCAUUGACCAAAGAGAAGAAUCUAAAAAUAAACCAAAAAAAAAACGACAAAGAAAAGAGGACGACCUACGGUUACCAAAACGAAUGAUGAAAUAA